AUGAGUCGGAUCGACAUCGACCACGAGUACCGGGCCCUGAUGGAGAUGGAGCUGCAGCUGGAGGCCGAGCGGGAGGAGGAGGCGGCUCGGCAGGCCGUCCUGGAGCAGGAGAGGAGGGACCGGGAGCUGGCGCUGAGGAUCGCCCAGAGCGAGGCUGAGCUCAUCCCCGAGGAGGUGGCCAACGACGGCCUGCGCAGUAAUGGCUCCUCAGUUCCAUCGUCCCCAGAGAGAGCAGCUGCUGCUGCAACCCCAAAGCUCAAGAGCUUGACCAUGGAGGAAAUGGCGAAGGAAAUGACUGAACUUCUGGCUAGAGGUCCACAGGUCCAGGCCUCCAAGGCUGCAGCUACAGCCAAGAAGCACGAGCUGAGCAAGUGGAAGUACGCUGAGCUGCGGGACGCCAUCAAUACCUCAUGUGACAUCGAGCUGCUGGCCGCCUGCAGGGAGGAGUUCCACCGCCGGCUCAAAGUUUACCACGCCUGGAAGUCAAAGAACAAGAAGAGGAACACGGAGACGGAGCAGCGAGCGCCCAAAUCUGUCACCGACUACGAUCAUGCGCCUCCUGUGAAAAAAGCAUCCCAGCAGAACCCAGCCCCGCCCAUUCCGGCGCGGCAAUAUGAGGUGGCGAUGAACCGGCAGCAGCGCUACUUCCGCAUCCCGUUCAUCCGGCCGGGCGACCAGUACAAAGACCCCCAGAACAAGAAGAAGGGCUGGUGGUACGCUCACUUCGACGGACCCUGGAUCGCCAGACAGAUGGAGCUGCAUCCAGAUAAACAACCCAUCCUGCUGGUGGCAGGGAAGGACGACAUGGAGAUGUGCGAGCUGAGUCUGGAGGAGACGGGCCUGUCGAGGAAGAGGGGCGCCGAGAUCCUCCCCCGGCAGUUUGAGGAGAUCUGGGACCGCUGCGGCGGCAACCAGUACCUCCGCAGCGCCAUCGAGAGCCGGCAGGCGCGACCCACCUACGCCACGGCCAUGCUGCAGAGCAUGUCUAAGUGACGGGGCCCGGGGCUUCGCACUGCACACAAAGGGACGAAUGCACCAGCUACCUGACACAGAUGGCGUCUGGGCGCACUGCACCAGGUUCUGACUGCAGGGCAUUCAACGCGGGUUUUCUCAACUGUCCUUUUGUUCUUCUUUUGUCGAUAAGUUUUUGUUCUUGCUGGCUUUCAGUUCCUCGAUGGGCAGGGAAGUUUUGCAUUGAACCCUAUGCAGAAAAAAAAUCAUACUAAAUGAUCACAUCCGGUUGUUUUCCAAGGAAUUCUGUUUUCUGUAACAUUUCUGCAAGUCUAACUAUGAGGCCUUAAUACUACUUUAACAGGGUUUAAUUGCCGAAAAGUAGGACUUAUUUUUUUGUUCAAAGCUGCCUCCCCAAACCAGAAAACUUUUAAUUCCUCUGUAAUUAUGCAUUCCUGAUGAUUACACUGAAGUCUCACUGGUGUGUCGCUUCCAUCUUAACAGCUAGCUGGUGAUCCCUCUCCGACUUAAACCUGCUGUUUACAUUGUCUUCAUGUGGUUCUUACAGGGCAAAAAAAAAAACUUGCACAAGGAGUCGUCGGCUCUCACCGUGAGGCAGUGCUGCAUGAGUGUCAGAUUAUUCCACUCGUAAUUAAGUCCAAUAUUUGCUAAUACGUUUUUUUUUAUUUUACCUUUUGUCUUUCCAACCGAAUGUAACUCGAGACCUCGUUGAUUUGUUUAUGUAGUGAUUCCUCUUUUCUUCUCAUUAUGUGUGAUUUAAAUUAGUAAAGCUAAUGAGAAAGGUCCAAAAACGUCUGACUUUGAGACCAAACGUCGCUCUCAACAUUAAACCUCGGUCGGGUUUUUUCGUCUAGAGCAGCUCCGUGAUUAGUUUCUGUCUGUGUUCAUCAAGCAAAGCAGAAAAUGUGAAUCAAUUAUGCAACUGCUGAGAUACAACUCCACACGUUGCUGCUGUUUCGGAGCAGAUCAGCGCUGCAAAAAAAUCUCCUCCACAAACUCAGCCAUGCCAUCUUCAACGUCUUCGAAUUUGAUCUUUUCAGUAAUUUGCCAAUGCAGUGAAUCCCAAGGUAGUUUCACACAUUCUUCAUUGACGUUAUCUUUAAGAAAUAAAUCAUUCCAUCAGGCUGUUUGUUUCAAAAUGUCAUUUGAUUCCUUGAAAUUUGGUGUCGAUUGGACAUUUUCCUGCUGUGUGAGAAGCUAUCGAGCGUGUCGUCAACUCUGUACAAUGCACUGGUACUCAGCCUUUAACUGGAACAUUCACUGAAUAUUUUCUAUACAGCAAGUACAGUACGUGCAGCCGACAGUGAUAUCCCUGCUGGAAUGUAAAAGUUUAUUUUUGAAAGAACAGUGUCUCCUUCAGUGGCUCGGGCAUGUGAGGUCGUUCAGAGAAGCAAUAAACCACGCAAACUAAGCGACGAAGGAAAACCCAGGUCUCCUCUGACGUGUACAUAUGAAACAAUAGACAAUCUGUCGUGACGUCACACCGCGUUCUCUCCCCGAGGCUGCUGCGUUUGUUCCUGAGCUCUCUCUCUUCCCUUUGAUGCUCCCCACAGAAAAAGGUGACUUAGAUUGUCUGACAGCAUGAACAUCCGUCUUGUUGAAGAGUUGCUGAUCGCCUUUGUAGACGGCAUUAACAUGCAGGAACGCAGGCUUAAAAAUCAAUAGAGUCAAAGUGGCCAGGAUGUGCUGAAGGUCUGUGACGGCAAAGACGGAAAGUUCUGAUUUGAUGCUGUGCAGGUCAAACGAUGGCUGCACGUCUGGGUUCAAACCGGCGAAAUCUGGCUGAAAUGAACGAUUUUCAUCAUGAAAGUCCAAACUGGAUGUCGUCAUGGAGACAUUAGACAGACAGAGGACGUUAUAGCAGAACUAAAUGUGAAUUCAGUUCAGUCUCCACAAUCUUGAUCUGCAAAUCAUCAAGUCAGCUCUUCCUGUGAAGGUUUGCAUGUCUGACGUUGGUUUUAUACGGUAAUGAAUCAACACAUCCGUCUACAGCAACAACGACUGGACGCAACUGUCAUCCUUUAAUAAGCGCUCAGCUUCCCACCACUGAUUUGCUUCAAGCAGCUCAGGGUGUCUGCAAGUCUCCAAAAGCACUAAAUUCAGUUUCCUCAAAAAGUCCUUUAAAGGGAAUAAAAGUCUUCAAAUGAAUUUUACAGGAGCCUCGAUUGUUUUCUCCCUCCCUGCUGCAGACAGUAGCACUAGUUUAACUUGUUUGUAUGUGACUGCAGCUGCCAGAAGACAUUAUUGUGCUGCGGGAGGCUGUUCGAUCCUUUUCUAUGGAGUGUCACUGCAGCAGCAACAACAUCAGCAGCUCACAAAGAACACGUCCAGAUCCUUGAAUGUGGAUUCAUUUAUGUGGGUUCAAGUAAAGUUCACUGACAUGACGUCUGACGAUGAAUUACUGUUGUACACGGCUGGGAAGUGCUGACACAAAAUGUGAUAUUAAUGCACUUAAUUAGGCCUAAUUAUCUCUGUUCGUUUAAUUGUGAAACAGGUUGUGGUAAAUAUUGCAAAAACCUGGAGCAGAAACAAUAUUGGAGUCGUAGUCAUUACAAGCUACCGAGCUGUAAAUAGAGUUCACCUCAACUUCCAAGUUCUAGUUAUGACUGUGGAAGGAAGAGUUUUCUGAAAACUUGCCACGUAAUGAUACAGAAAAGUGCCUGAAAAGCCCCAAAACAAGGACGCCUCCCUCUCACCCACCAAAGACCAACUGAACCAAAAUCCAAUAGACAGUGUCAUUGCAUCAGCCUAAUUGCAUGAAGGCUCAAAGUUUCCCAUCCAGUAUUUCCUCCAGACCAAUUUAUACUGAGCUGUGAACGUUGUUAAAAUACAUCUAAGUGUGCAGCAGCUCAACAGACAGAGUGUCGGAUGUCACAACUGGAUUUUACUGAGUAUUCUGGUGUAAAAUUUCAAAGAAAAAGCAUCAGGAAACCUGAGCCUUGUGGACGAACCGUUCAAACUGAAAAAUUCAGUGAUGACGAUUUCAUUCUCCAUAAAAUCCUUUAUGACUGCAGCUCACUCCUCAUCAGCUGUGGUUGUGACAUCGUUGCUGUUUAAACUGUCCAGAAACACUUGUUCUGAUUCAACUCUGGGUGCUUCAGGCACACGUUCAGACACUGCAGUACACUCUGGCUUAGAUGUGAUCCUCACCUUGAAAUCAAAUGUCUUCCUGUGUCCAGGCCUCGACUUUCCUUCUGCUGGCUUUUCUCUUUGUGCUCCUGUUUGUGCCUCUUGUCUCUGGCUCCACUUUUCAAACACACAGACAGUAAAGAACAUUUGGAUCAGUUCAGGUUCACAUGGAGUCACAAAGACUUCAACUGUAGUUUAUACUCAACUGAAGUUUGGUUUGAAUUUGGCUCUGUUGUAGUGGUUAAAUAAAGUCCUACCAGGAACAGGACAUGUAUGGACUUGAGCAUCUUGUCCAGAAUCUCAGUAGGAUACAUGUAGAACAAGGUGAGACGAGUUCUCCUGUUUUGCCUGCAUGUUAAUGUCGAGCGUAAAGAGGCCACGUUCUGAACUUUGCCUGUGAUUAAGACCUCAGUAUUUGUUUUAACAUCAGAGUGAUGACCUUGAAGUAUUUCCCCCAAAUGUACAAGAAAAUGUCGUGAGUUUGCUACGAUCUGUUUCUCGCCACAAAUUACAAUCAUUCCUGGGGAAGCACUGCCUUUGUCCACUGUCCAUUUUUCUAACGCUGAUCUCUCUAACACAUGAAUAAAUGCAUUCCAUGUUUCACUCA